CAUUCUCGAAACCAACAGUAUGAGAACACGAUAACGUUCAACCGCGUAUAGCACUAUAAUCAAACGCACCUAUACAGGUAUAAUAUAGUCAGUUGACGAAAGCAGUUUAAAUAUAAUUUAAUUUAAAUUUUUUUAUCCUGUUCUGGAAUUUUUGUGUAACUAGUCAGUCAAUAAAAUUUCAAGAUGCAGAAGGACGCGCCUCCGCCAUAUUCCCCAAACGCUCCUGGUUUUGUACCAAAUCAACAGCCCGGGAUGUAUCCUCCAGGGGCAUAUCCACCUCCCCCACAUGCUGGGCCACCUCCUGUAACCGUAGGACACACAGUGAUAGUAACUACAGCUCCUAGGCCUCUAGGACCGAAUCCAGCCCAUACAACUUGCCCUUACUGCCACGCAGACAUCAUCACUUCGGUUGAAACAGAGGCCAGCACAAAAACUCACUUGUUCGCGUUACUUUUGUGCCUGUUUGUUUGCUGGCCCUGUGUAUGUCUUCCCUACUGCAUGGAUUCGUGCUUAGACAAAAAGCAUUACUGCCCAAAUUGCAAAGCAUACCUAGGAACUUAUGCAGAGUAAUAUGUGAAUUAAUUCAAUUAAUUUUUUUUCAUUCCUAAAGCCCCCUCUACACAUAACGUUUUACCUGUCAGUCUUACCUGUUCCAGUCAAAACGUAUCAAGCAAAACGUUGUGUUCAGUUUUCAGUUUUGCAACAAAACUGUCGUUUUGUUGCUGAAAAAAUAUGAGUACAUUUCCAAAAAAUAAUACAUAUAUAUUACAGUUUUUUUUAAUUAAUGACUUAAUAUUUUUGCACAGUUUAAAAAAAAACAAUGUAAUUUUACGAAAUUUCCAUGUUUUUUUUCUGUUUAACAUACACUAAACAUAUACCUCUAUAAUUAAU